CCUGUCAUUGAUUUGCGCUUUGAGAGUUGGGGGGGAAAAGUGUUGCCGUGCAACAUUUAGCUUAGACCUUACCAGAAGUUUAUCCAACAAAUAGUCUGUUGUCGGAACCUCCGGACCUUGGCCGUCAACGUCAGGCUUCCACCCGCUAAGAUGACAGAGCUGCGGCAUCGAGGAGCCAAAGACGGCGAGCCUCCGUUAGAGCAGCAGCCAUCAGAGGACAAGGGCUCAGACAGCGGGCUGAAAGCAGACAAAGAUGGCGUCUCCGAAGAGUCCAAGGUGGACUCGGGAGUCCCCGAGGUGCCGGUCCCUCCUGACGACACCCCCGAGGUUCUCAACAAGGCCCUGUCUGGACUCUCCUCAAGAUGGAAGAACUGGUGGGUACGAGGCAUCCUAACACUAGCCAUGAUCUCCUUCUUCUUCUUUAUCAUCUACCUGGGCCCCAUGGUGCUCAUGAUGAUUGUCCUCUGCGUUCAGAUCAAGUGUUUCCAUGAAAUCAUCACGAUCGGGUACAACGUGUACCACUCCUACGAGCUGCCCUGGUUCCGGACGCUGAGCUGGUACUUCCUGCUGUGCGUGAACUACUUCUUCUACGGCGAGACGGUGACCGAUUACUUCUUCACGCUGGUGCAGAGAGAGGAGCCUCUUCGCAUCCUCAGCAAAUACCACCGCUUCAUCUCCUUCGCGCUCUACCUCACAGGUUUCUGCAUGUUCGUGCUGAGCUUGGUGAAGAAACAUUAUCGCCUUCAGUUCUACAUGUUUGGCUGGACCCAUGUGACUCUGCUGAUCGUAGUGACCCAGUCCCACCUCAUCAUCCACAACCUGUUUGAGGGGAUGAUCUGGUUCAUCGUUCCCAUUUCCUGUGUGAUCUGCAACGACAUCAUGGCCUACAUGUUUGGUUUCUUCUUCGGCCGAACGCCGCUCAUUAAGCUGUCGCCUAAGAAGACAUGGGAGGGAUUUAUUGGUGGAUUAUUCGCCACUAUUGUGUUUGGUAUCAUGCUCUCCUACGUCAUGGCUGGAUACCGCUACUUUGUUUGUCCUGUGGAGUUCAACAACGACUCCAACCGUUUCCAGGUGGACUGUGAGCCAUCAGAGCUGUUUCAGCUGCAGGAAUACACCCUGCCAGGAGUCCUGGAGUCUGUCACCGGAUGGACCACCGUGCGUCUGUAUCCGUUCCAGAUCCACAGCAUCGCUCUCUCCUCCUUCGCCUCCAUUGUGGGGCCCUUCGGUGGCUUCUUCGCCAGCGGCUUCAAGAGAGCAUUUAAGAUCAAGGACUUUGCCAACACCAUACCGGGUCACGGAGGCAUUAUGGACAGAUUUGACUGCCAGUACAUAAUGGCCACAUUCGUCAAUGUCUACAUUGCCAGCUUCAUCAGGGGCCCCAACCCCAGUAAGGUGGUCCAACAGCUCCUGGCCCUGCGGUCCGACCAGCAGCUCUACAUCUUCAACUCCCUGAAGGCUCAUCUGACAGAGAAGGGUCUGCUGCGAGCCGCCGAGGCGGCCGCCUAGCCCGGCGGCGCCCUCAGAGAACCCGUGUUUAUUUGUGAGCGAGGACACAUCAAUGAAAACCAAAAAAAAGGGGAAAAAAAAACA